AGCAUGCGCCCGAGGGGUCGUCGAAGAAUCCAGUGAAGAGAGCCCGGGAGCACGAGCCGAGUGUCGGCGCUGACGUCACGACCCUACAUUGAGAGCUCGAGCUGAGUUGUAAGCGCGAGCUUAGACGGAGGCGCGCCGAGGCAACGGACACAACGACGAUGAACACCGGUCGGUGCGACUCUGCCGCUUUCUGACGGAAAAUACAACCGUGUUUUUACUCUUUUUGUGGGUUAUUUCUUCCUUCCAGCGACGUAAACAAGCCGACGGACAUUUUGGAGAGUUGUACGUUCUCUUUGGGGAAACAACAUGUCCUCCGCGGCGGUUGCUGCCUCCAGAAGGCAGUCCUGCUAUCUGUGCGACUUGCCCCGCAUGCCGUGGGCGAUGAUCUGGGAUUUUACCGAGGCCGUGUGCCGCGGAUGUGUCAACUACGAGGGGGCCGACCGGAUUGAAUUUGUUAUCGAGACUGCCAGGCAGCUUAAGAGAGCACACGGCUUCCAGGACGGCCGCUCUCCGGGGCCGGGAAAGCCCCAGCACGCCGGGAAGGAGAUCAACCACUCUGCCGGAGACCAGGGCUCCCGUCCGCCGCAGCCUCUGGACCGCUACCCGCUGUCUGACCGGCCGCCCCGGCUGGGACCGGAGUACCAGGCGGGCAGGCAGGCGAACGGCCUCCCGGUGCCGAACGGAUUUCCAAAACCCGACGAGCCCCCGGAGCUGAACCGCCAAAGCCCCAACCCCCGCAGGACUAGCACGGUUCCUCCCAACCUAGUGCCUUUGGUGAACGGCGGCAUACCUACCGUGCAUCCGCUCAACGGUCGCCCGGCUCAGAUGGGUCUUCCCGGGGCUCUGGUCGCGCCGGGCCCCGGGGAACACGGCAAGCGUCCGGAGGAGCUGAAAGACAAACACAGGCCGGAUAGCCUGUCGGACAUGUCGGACAGCCACAAGGAGUGGAUGGGCAAAGGCAAAACAGUGCGGGACAUGAUGGCGCUGCACACGUUCGACAGCAGGUUUAAAAAGGACCACGCCGCCAUGCAGAGGGUGAUGGGAUAUGAAACCGGUGCCACUUCCUCAAAGACAGACAGGGGGAAGCACCCGCGGAGCAUGAAGAGGAAGGCCUCCCCCGAGCCAGACGGCGAAGGCAGCGCCCCCAAGAUGAACGGCGGCGAGGGCCAGCCGUGGCUCCCCUCGCCCUCCGAGGUCCUGAAGAUGCCCCCGGCUGCCCUGCCAGGCUUCUCGGCAGCUCCCCCCUCCACCAUCUCCCCCCACUCCCGCACCACACCCCCGGAGGCCGCCACGGCGCAGAACGGUCAGUCCCCCAUGGCGGCGCUCAUCCUCGCCACUGACAACGCAGGCGGCACGGGCUCACCUAAGGAUGCCAACCAGGUACACUCCACCACGGCAGGCGCGCGGCGGAAUAGCGGCAGCCCGCUGUCGCCGUCCUCGGCCUCUCAGAGGAGGCUGGCCCAGAGGGAGGGACCGGUGAGCUCCAACCCCUCUGCUCCACACGCGGCCGGCGGCAUGGACCCCCACGCGCCGCCGCCGCAGAGCAUUCCAGACUCUUCCGUGCCGCCCGGCAGCGUGCCGCUGUGCUGCACCCUGUGCCACGAGCGGCUGGAGGACACGCACUUUGUCCAGUGCCCGUCGGUGCCCUCACACAAGUUCUGCUUCCCCUGCUCCCGGGAGAGCAUCAAGCAGCAGGGCGCCACCGGGGAGGUGUACUGCCCCAGCGGCGAGCGGUGCCCGCUGGUCGGCUCCAACGUGCCCUGGGCCUUCAUGCAAGGGGAAAUAGCCACCAUCUUGGCCGGGGACAUAAAGGUAAAAAAGGAGAGGGACCCUUAAAAUGUUCACCAGCUGUUUUUUUUCUUGGAACAUUUUUCCUUUUGUAAUCCGACUACGGCAACUGCAGCAGGACAAAAACACCCAAAUAUAAAUCAUCCAGCACGCCCCAGAGAAACUGACAGACAUGUACAUACUGGACACAAGGGAAGUGUACACUUCGUAAACAUGGCUGUAUAAUUUUUUGAUUUUUCUUUUUCAAUACAUUGUGUUUCUAUAUUUUUGAAGAUAAGAAGGUAUGUACUCCUCAUAACAGACUCCCCAUCAUCACACUUGUUUCUCUUCAGUCUCGGUGUACUUUAGGUCUGGAGACAGUCCCUGUCAAACAUAGAAUGUGACUAAUCUGAGCACUUGGCAAAAAAUUAAUAAAAAAAAAAACAACAAAAAAACAAAGAAAAUGCUUCUAGCUGUACAUGUAUGCACUUGUUUAAGAAAAAACUUGCCAAAUACAGUUUCAGACCUUGUAAUAAUA